AUGGCGAUCUGUACUUAUAACGCACGUACGCUUGCAUCGGAAGCGGCCAUCGAAGAUCUGAUGAUGCAAGCCAAGAAGAUCAAGCACGACGUCAUCGGACUGACCGAAACGAGACGACGUCACCCUCUCAACGCCGUAUAUGAAACUGGGGAAGAACUGUUCUUAGGAACAUGCGACAGUAGAGGUGUUGGUGGAGAUGGCGUCCUUGUCAACACGAGAAUGGCAAAGGACAUCGACUCUUUCGAACAACUUACGACCCGAAUCGGACGUCUGCGGAUGAGAAGAUGUGGCCUAACACCAGCUUUGGCUAUCUUCGUCGCUUACGCUCCAACAUCAAGAUACGAAGAAGAAGAAGUCGAAGCUUUCUACGUGGACCUGGAGAAGUUCUACCGAGAAGACCAUGCCUUCUAUACGGGAUCGGACCAUCGCCUCCUCCGAGGAAUAUUUUCUUUCACAAGGAGAGCAGAGAAAGCCGCCAAGUUCAGAGGGAGAAAUCCCAGAACUGUCAUCAACUGGGAUCUCUUCGCUACGCAAUUGACGAGUAAUAUGACCGUCUCGUUCAACACCUUCACGACUGCGCGAAGAAGGCUGAGAGUUUUAAAACCACCAAGAGGCGCCUUUCUCUUGAAACUCUUGAGCUGA